GAAACACUGAGCACUCGAGUCACACCUCUUUGACCACCGAUUGUCACCCCAUUUGGUCCCUCAUCUCAUCCAUCCAUACAUCCCAUACAUCCCAUACAUCCCAUACACACCGCUCAACACAAUGUCAGCGGCGGAGCACCAGUUGGACGCGAGUACCACCGAUGACGAGGAGGAGUCCUUCUUUCAAGACAUCGAUAUUCUGCAGAAUCACGGGAUUAACAGCUCCGACAUCAAGAAACUGAAGACUUCCGGCAUUUGUACGAUAAAAGGGCUUCAGAUGACUGUUAAGCGCAAAUUGGUUCAAAUCAAGGGUUUGAGUGAAGCCAAGAUCGAUAAGAUCAGGGAAAUGGCCAACAAAUUGUCGUCGGAGUCACUCUUCAUGACCGCCAAUCAGGUGUCUGUCAAACGCAGACAUGUCUUCAAACUGCAGACCGGAUCCAAUGAGUUUGACAAACUGUUGGGCGGAGGCAUCGAGAGUAUGGCCAUCACUGAGGCGUUCGGCGAAUUCAGGACCGGAAAGACACAGAUCUCUCACACCCUCUGCAUCACGUGUCAAAUACCAUCCAAUGGAUACUCUGGUGGAAAGGCUAUGUUCAUUGACACCGAACAUACCUUCCGUCCCGAUCGGCUCAAGCAAAUCGCAUCGCGUUUUGGUUUGGAUGAGGAGUCGGCGCUCGACAAUGUGCUGUACGUGAGGGCCAACACCAGUGAACAUCAGUACGAGAUAUUAGACGCCGUUGCGGCCAAAUUCCACGAAGACUGCGGACAAUUCAAGCUUCUGGUGGUCGACUCCGUUAUGGCGUUGUUUCGCGUCGACUACUCCGGAAGGGGAGAGCUGUCGGAAAGGCAGCAAAAGUUGGCGCAAAUGUUGUCGAAACUGCAGAAAAUCAGUGAAGAAUAUAAUAUCGCCGUGUUUAUCACCAAUCAAAUGACCGCCGAUCCAGGGGCCGCCAUGUCAUUCCAAGCGGAUCCCAAGAAGCCCAUCGGUGGCCACAUUCUGGCGCACGCCUCCACUGUGAGGCUAUACCUGCGAAAGGGUCGCAGUGAGUGUCGAAUCGCCAAAAUAUACGACAGUCCGGACUUAGCCGAGAAUGAGGCCACAUUUGCCAUCACUGAGGGAGGGAUUGCCGACUCCAAGGAAUAA